GAGCAUGGGGUGUGGAAUCUCCUGCUCUGGAUGCUGUUUCUCUGAAGAAAGGGGUUUCAAGUAAACCUCUGAAGAGCAGGCACUUUGUGAUAGACAUCACAAAAUCCAGACAAUUUUUUAGGACAGAGUGGGUGUAACUUCAGAGGGAGUAUGUCGUGGUUAUAGGGACUCAUUGGUGAUGAACUGGUUGUUGCUGUAGGUCAGAGAUUCUCUGACUGCCCUGCAGGUGAUCGAGCAGAUGCUGGAGCAUGGAAUGCGCCUCAUUUUGUGUUCUGAUUUUAGUUUCUGUCCUAGAGAAAUGCUUGACUGGUGUCACAGUGGGGCUGUGACAUUAUCCCAGCACACAGGUAAUCCAUGCUGAAGAGGCUCCAUUCAUACAGAUGAGCCAAGGGUUGAAGCAGCACUUUAAACCCAGAUAGUCGGUCGGCUGACUGCCCAGCAGGAUGCCAUCAACCAGCCGAGCGGGCAGCCUGAAGGACCCCGAAAUUGCAGAGCUCUUCUUCAAAGAAGAUCCAGAAAAGCUCUUCACAGAUCUCCGAGAGAUUGGCCAUGGAAGCUUCGGAGCAGUUUAUUUUGCACGUGAUGUGCGCACCAAUGAAGUGGUGGCCAUCAAGAAAAUGUCAUAUAGUGGGAAGCAGUCCAAUGAGAAAUGGCAGGAUAUUAUUAAGGAAGUCAAGUUCCUCCAAAGAAUAAAACACCCUAACAGUAUAGAAUACAAAGGCUGCUAUCUGCGGGAGCAUACAGCAUGGCUUGUUAUGGAAUAUUGUUUAGGAUCAGCAUCAGACUUACUAGAAGUUCAUAAAAAGCCAUUGCAAGAAGUGGAAAUAGCAGCAAUUACCCAUGGUGCUCUCCAGGGAUUAGCAUACUUGCAUUCUCACAAUAUGAUCCAUAGAGAUAUCAAGGCAGGGAACAUCCUGCUGACAGAGCCAGGACAGGUGAAACUUGCUGACUUUGGGUCUGCUUCCAUAGCAUCUCCUGCCAACUCAUUUGUGGGGACGCCAUAUUGGAUGGCCCCAGAAGUGAUUUUAGCCAUGGAUGAAGGGCAGUAUGAUGGCAAAGUAGAUGUUUGGUCUCUUGGAAUUACCUGUAUUGAGUUAGCGGAAAGGAAGCCUCCUUUGUUUAACAUGAACGCAAUGAGUGCCUUAUAUCACAUAGCGCAGAAUGAAUCCCCUACACUACAGUCUAAUGAAUGGUCUGAUUAUUUUCGAAACUUCGUAGAUUCUUGCCUCCAGAAAAUUCCUCAAGACAGGCCUACAUCAGAGGAGCUUCUGAAGCACAUGUUUGUUCUUCGAGAGCGGCCCGAAACAGUGUUAAUAGACCUGAUUCAGAGAACAAAGGAUGCGGUGAGAGAACUGGACAACCUGCAGUAUCGUAAAAUGAAGAAACUCCUCUUCCAGGAGGCCCACAAUGGCCCUGCAGUGGAAACACAGGAAGAGGAGGAGGAACAAGAUCAUGGUGUGGGCAGGACGGGAACAGUGAACAGUGUGGGAAGUAAUCAGUCCAUUCCUAGUAUGUCUAUCAGUGCCAGUAGCCAAAGCAGUAGUGUUAACAGUCUUCCAGAUGCCUCGGAUGAUAAGAGCGAGCUGGAUAUGAUGGAGGGGGACCACACCGUGAUGUCAAAUAGCUCUGUCAUUCACUUAAAGCCGGAGGAAGAGAACUACAGAGAGGAGUCGGAUCCUCGGACAAGGGCAUCAGAACCCCAGUCUCCUCCCCAAGUAUCUCGCCACAAGUCUCAUUAUCGCAACCGGGAGCACUUUGCUACCAUACGCACAGCGUCGCUGGUGACAAGGCAAAUGCAGGAACAUGAGCAGGACUCCGAGCUCCGAGAGCAGAUGUCGGGCUAUAAACGUAUGAGAAGGCAGCACCAGAAGCAGCUGAUGGCAUUAGAGAAUAAACUGAAGGCAGAGAUGGACGAGCACCGCCUCAGGUUGGACAAAGAUCUCGAAACACAGCGUAACAAUUUUGCUGCAGAAAUGGAAAAGCUAAUUAAAAAGCACCAAGCAGCCAUGGAAAAAGAGGCUAAAGUGAUGGCCAAUGAAGAAAAGAAGUUUCAACAGCAUAUUCAGGCCCAACAGAAAAAAGAAUUAAACAGUUUCCUGGAGUCCCAGAAGAGAGAAUAUAAACUCCGUAAAGAGCAGCUGAAAGAGGAGCUGAAUGAAAACCAGAGCACUCCAAAGAAGGAGAAGCAGGAGUGGCUCUCCAAGCAGAAGGAGAACAUCCAGCAUUUCCAGGCAGAAGAGGAGGCCAACUUACUGAGGCGUCAGAGGCAGUACUUGGAGCUGGAGUGUCGCCGCUUCAAGAGACGGAUGCUCCUGGGCCGCCAUAACCUGGAGCAGGACCUGGUUCGGGAGGAGCUAAACAAAAGGCAGACACAGAAGGACCUGGAGCACGCCAUGCUGCUGCGUCAGCACGAGUCCAUGCAGGAGCUGGAGUUCCGCCAUCUCAGCACCAUCCAGAAGAUGCGCUGCGAGCUGAUCCGGCUGCAGCACCAGACUGAGCUCACCAACCAGCUGGAGUACAACAAGCGCCGGGAGCGGGAGCUGCGGCGCAAGCACGUCAUGGAGGUCCGGCAGCAGCCCAAGAGCCUGAAGUCAAAAGAACUACAGAUAAAGAAGCAGUUUCAGGAUACAUGCAAGAUCCAAACCAGACAGUACAAAGCACUGAGAAACCAUCUGCUGGAGACCACGCCAAAGAGUGAACAUAAAGCUGUCCUCAAACGGCUCAAGGAGGAGCAGACCCGGAAGCUGGCUAUCCUGGCUGAGCAGUAUGAUCACAGCAUUAAUGAAAUGCUCUCUACACAAGCUCUGCGUUUGGAUGAGGCACAGGAAGCAGAGUGCCAGGUUUUGAAGAUGCAGCUGCAGCAAGAAUUGGAGCUACUGAACGCAUAUCAGAGUAAAAUCAAGAUGCAGGCAGAAGCCCAGCAUGAUCGGGAGCUGCGUGAUCUUGAGCAGAGGGUGUCCCUGCGCCGGGCCCUCCUGGAGCAGAAGAUUGAGGAGGAGAUGCUGGCGUUGCAGAACGAGCGCACCGAGCGGAUACGAAGCCUGCUGGAGCGUCAAGCUCGCGAGAUCGAAGCCUUUGACUCAGAAAGCAUGAGGCUAGGUUUUAGUAAUAUGGUUCUUUCUAAUCUCUCCCCCGAGGCGUUCAGCCACAGCUACCCGGGAGCUUCUGGCUGGUCCCACAAUCCUACUGGGGGUGCAGGACCUCACUGGGGUCAUCCCAUGGGUGGCCCACCGCAAGCUUGGGGCCAUCCAAUGCAAGGUGGACCCCAGCCAUGGGGUCACCCCUCGGGGCCCAUGCAGGGGGUACCUCGAAGUAGUGCUAUAGGGGUCCGCAACAGCCCCCAGGCUCUGAGGCGGACAGCUUCUGGGGGACGGACGGAGCAGGGCAUGAGCAGGAGCACAAGUGUUACUUCACAAAUAUCCAAUGGUUCACACAUGUCUUAUACAUAACUUAAACAAUAACUGAGGGUGGCAAUUCCACUGGAGCUGUCUGCCAACAGAAACUGCCUACAGACACCAGCCCAGCAGCCUCCUCAGUGCGGUGCUGACGUGUGGAAGCUGGGUGCACAUGGAAUAUUGUAUUCAUUUUGUAAAGCAUUACGUUUUGUGUUUACUAACUGGGAUGUCAUAGUAUUUGGCUGCAGGGUUUGGGGGGGUGGUUUUUGGUUUUUUUUUGUUUUGUUGUUGGUUUUUUGUUUUGUUUUUUUUUACUUUUUGGAGGGGUCUUGGGAGGGCGUCUGAGAAAUAUAUGCAAUUAGUCAGAAGAGUUGGCUGGUGGUCAUCACACUGACAGGACAGAAGGGCCUUAGACUGCCCUCAUCAUGCCAUCCAUGUAGGAAGUCUGAGGGAGAAUGGAGACCUCCUCCCAUGUCCAUAAAUUUCGAUCUGCCACCCUGCAAAAACCAGGCGAGCUGCCUUUAAACCAACAUCCAGGGGAGGAACAGCUGGAUCUUCUGUUCCAUUUUUAGUUGUCAUUAAAUUGGAUUAAUUUCUAGGGUAAUGCCUCUGCCAAGAGGCACUUUCAAAGAGUUGUAGGUGAGGAAGAAGGUGAGAAGAGAGGCCAAGAGACACCAGGGCUCCACAGGGCCCUUCUACCCAAGUGCCCGCUCCGUGUCAUGUAAGAAGUGAUUGACGUUCUCUCAGAAAGCACUGGUCAGCUUCCCGAGAACUCUGUAGGUAAACCUGUCUGGAGGGAACAGGCUAGGAAUGUUUGAAAUUGUCUGUCUGCUUUGGCACUCCCUGACUGUGCUGCUGGUAGCUCAGAUGAGGUUGGGCAGAGGAGCGCAAGUAAUGCACUUGUACAGCUAAUACUGUGACAUCUCAUUUUAGCUAAGCAUCAGAAUAAUUCUUGGAGCCCAGCAUAGUCCUUUUUGCUCCAUUCAGAAAUGUUUAGACUUUCAGCCAAUCAGUCUCAAAUGCCAGAGGUGUUCUGAAGGAUGCCAUAGUCACAAAAUGCCAUUGAUCGGGUUUUUCAUUAUUACACUACAUCCACCAAUUUAUUACCUUUUUGGCUUGUUGCAAUUUCCUGUUUACAUGUAGCGUGUAGCCAACUGUUGAAAUGUUUAGUUGCCAUGGUGUACCAGGAGGAGCUGAGCCAAUGACUCUUUCCCAGCUGAUGACUAACCCACAUCACCACUGUAGAUCUUGCUGCAUGUGAGGCUCCUUUUUUAUUAUUUUCAUUGCUGCAAUACUUCACAACUUUUACAGUCCCUUGAGAUGCUGUGAUAUUUCGGCAGCGUAUCACACCAUGAGAGAAGGCACUACUUCCAGAGGGCUCACUGGAGCUGCUGUACUACUGAAAGGAAGCAAAGGAGGUUGUGAAAUCCAUACAGUGAUAAAAGGUCAGGGAGUCUCAUAACUGAAUGACUUUGUGGCAUCGUGUCAUCCCUUAGUGCUGGGAACCAGAGAUGCCCCCAUGCUCUCGUGCCAGUGCCAGGAUUCCUGGGUCAGCCAGAACUGUGGGAAGAACAGGUAGAUGAAGUUUGGUUUGAGGCAAAGAUUUCUGUCUUGGGGACUGACCAGCCAGGGUUCUUUGUAAAUGUUUUCCCUUGCACACUAAUCAUCUUGAAGAAAACACUAGCUGCUAACUCUAGGAUUUGCCUUUAAUAUGUUUAUAGGGCUCAAAAGCGAGGUUUUCCGAAUGUGUUUGUCCAUGUGACAUAUUUAUAUAGUAAAUAGUGUCUCGCUGCUGUUCAGUACUCGACAGGGCGGCGUUCUUUCAUUAGCUAAAUUAACAUCCACUCCCAAUCCUUAACUCUCUGCCAGUGUCUGGUGAAUCCAGCUGGGAUUUCUAGCAUCUUGACAUAGCGUAUCACUCUAAUUGAAGAUGGAAACUCUACCAAAAUAUGUUUGAGCAGCCCCUUAGGAAGGAGUUUUGUAGUACUAACAGUUGACAGAAGCCUGGGAUGAGAUGUGGGUCCCAUGGAAGUGCCUCUGGAUGCUCCUGGGGGCAAGUGGUGACUGUGAAUUGUCCUGUCCUUUCCUCUGCUAUGUUUUUAUGUGGAAUUGGAUGUUUUGGGGUCACUCUUUUGCAUUGCAGUGUUGUUGAAAUGCAGCGAAAUUCAUUUAGGAGAGGUACCUGUGUUUUCCUAAGUUUGGAAGGAGAGACAAACUGAAAUGAGAGGCCAAAAUUAUGUUGGGGUUCACCAUGUGAGUGUGGAGGGUGUGCCCAGAGCAUGGUGCUAACACAGCAUUUUGAGUUCAGCUCCUCUAUCCCAAACAGCAGCAGCUACAGUGGAGACAGGCUAUACCUGCAAGUUCAGUGGGUUCAUUCUUCUGCUUCUGUUAUGGUUUGAAUUUGGUCAAAGUCUCUGGCUUAAAUUGAGCUACUUCAACAGAAUUCUCUCAACACAUCUCUUUGUGUAAUGUCAAGCAUGACUGAAUGCUGAAUCCAAAUGAUGGCUAUCCCAUAUUGGCUUUUUUGUAUUCAAAAAGAAUUGUGUAGUAACCAUUUUUACAUGUAUAUCAUGUGCAGACCUGGACUAUUCCAACAAGUUAAUAUUUUAAUUAAAAUAGUUUGCAAAAACUGA